UUUAUGAUUUCCUGGUACAAGAUAUCUGCUUUGACUAUUCGACCGUACCGUUGAACACCUUUUCAACCUAUUACAGCAGUUACAAUGUCCACCGCUUCAAAAGUCACUCUCCUAAGCACGAUCCUGGCCACAGCCGGCAUCGUCUCUUUUGUCCAUUGGGCCCAGACGGCCGAGAAAGAGGCCAUGCACGCCGGCGUCAUACGAGAUAUGGAACAGCAGCGCAUCAAGGCAGAACGGCAGGCGGAUUUCGAAAUGCAGAAGAGACUCGAGGAAGAAUAUAAAAAGCUGCAGACGGUACAUGACAGCACUGGAGAAGCUUGACGAUAAGAACAUGCCGUUAAAAAACGCAUAUCCAUUGGAACGGAACGUUUCCCUCUUCAGCAAGGGUGCCUGAGAUACACUCCGACAGACUCGGCGAGGUGGUCCCAAAUGCGACGAGAGAGCAGGGUGAUCUCGGACCGCGCUAAACGACCGCCUUUCCUGGUGCAUGCUAUGACAGACACCCCAUUGAGUGGUCAACAGCACGGCAUGAUCUAGACUGGAUCUCGGACAUGCCCUGGUCUGUCUAUGCCUUGCACUCUUGACAGCUCCAAAUGGCCUUCAACAAGCCAAACCAAUCUCUCUACUGAAAAAACUCAGCACGAAACACGACUUGCUGAAAAUGGACGUGAUCCCCUCUUCAACCAAAAGAUGCUAAAGUGAGAUCAUCUCUCAAUACACCACCAGUGGAAUUUCCAGGGAUGAAGGAUGAACCAUACCUGACAUUUCGGAGAUGACAUCCCUCUUAUGCCGAGCUGGGACUCGAAAAUCGAAACGAAUGUCUCAAACAGGACCUUACGAAGUCCCAUCCUCUGGAGGUGUCUCGGGACACAAUCGUACUGGCCAGCCGAAAGGAGUCAGUCGUGGCGUCUGAUCACCAUUUCCCCUAUACUUGUGCUCUCGUAAGCCGGCUACGGAAUAUGGACACCGAUUCCGUGUACGGCGAGAGUCCAGAUGGGACGACAAAAAUAAAUGAAUGAACGAACGAAUCUCCACCCAAUCACGACAUAAAAACGCAUUGGAAUGACUAUCCUUAUAGAACCCGUGUCCAAUAUGCAACUAUGCUUUAUCAAUCUCGACUCAGACCAUAUUUCAAUAUAAAUAUAUUCGAGCACUACCUUGGCAUCUGCCUUUUUCCCAGUGCAAUAUACACGUUCCAGGCCAGGUAAAGAAAGAUAUAAUCCCGAAUCUAAUAAUUGAUCUGAUCCGACUGUCUUAAGGUGCAUGGUUACAUCUGUUACAUAUUAUUAUGUUCAUUUCUACAGUCAUAGGUACAGGUCUAGACAGUUACGGCCCAGUUCGUGUUUCACAGUAUGCUAUAUCAUAUAAAGCUACGUUAUUCAAGUUGCCGCUCAGCCAGUUCAAAAUAUUACAUUUUCGAUAUUGAACCUCGGGCCAACGAGCUCAAUAAUAUCAACUUCA